UCGUGAAGAAGAAGCGCCAGGAGCGUUUUCGUUACCUUCACAUUUCACAUUCAUCACCUUCCUCUCCAUAAAUCCCCAUCUUCAAACUCCCUUCAACUCCAACAUUGAAAUUUUCCCGAGAAAAUCACUGAGAAAAUGGAUUCUAAACCUGAUUUUAGUUUUAAUGAUCCAUGUUCUACACCAAAACUGCCUUUGUUUUCAUUUUCAUUUCCGAUAAGCAAGGGUCAAGAGCCACCGGGGAUGUUGACUCCACCGCUGAACAUCCCGGCGUCGAUUCCAUUUCAGUGGGAGGAAGUUCCGGGGAAGCCGAGAAAAAGUUACGUCACUCAGCCUAAGCCUCAGCCAGCCAGUGCGCGGUGCCUGGAACUUCCCCCGAGGCUGUUAUGUGAAGCGAAAAUGGUUAAUAUUCCGUCGCCGACCACCGUACUGGACGGACCAGACGUAGGCCGGUCUCUGUCUUAUACGCUGUCGUUUCGGAGAGGAUGGUCUAUGAGGAGGGAGAAUAAGGAGAGGGUUUCGUUUGCGUCAAAAAGGUGGGGCAGCUUCAAGAAAAAUAAGGAGACUGUUGGGGGAAGAUAUUCUGACAUUUCAGCUUCUACCGCGUCAACCGAAGUCGGUGGUGGUGGCAGCGGCGACGGUGGAAGGGUGAAGAUAACAAGAAUGAGGAAGAGAUCAGUGAGUUUUUUAAGUCUUAAGUCUCACACAAGUUCAUCACGUAUGUGGGCAAGCAUUUGUGAAAGCUUUAAACAGGCGGUCCCAUGGAGACGAAGAUAAAACAAGUUGAGAGAGACGGAGUCUGAUAAGGUUAAUUAAUUUCAAUCUUGUUUAAUUUUGUAUAAAUUUUUAAAUAAUUAAAUUUUGUAACGUCUUUGAUGUGUGAACUUAUUAUAAGAUAUACAUGA